GCGACGGAGUCGGCCUUUGGGCCGGAGAGAGCUCUUUGCUGGGGAGGCGCCCCGCAGGUGAGGACUGGGCGGGACAGACCCCGCUGAGGGGACACUGUCCGCAGGAGCAGGCUGCUGGAGCCGGGGAUGUGCAGCGGGGACACGGAGGCCCGACGGGGCCCGCGUCCCUACGGCGGCUGGACCGUGGCGCUCCGCGCGUCCUGCGCCCCUGGAUCUCGUGAGGUCCCGCGGCCGGCGCACGCGUGACCGGCCCCGGGCCGCGCCGCCUGGAUCUCCGUCCCCGGGGGCGCCGGCCGCUUCUUGCAUGGAUGGUUUAUGGGGCGCAGCCACGAGGGGAGCAGCUGAGCCCGGGCUGCAACGCUGUCCCUGGCCACCCCGUGCGCCUCAAGUCCCCUCUGGGACUCUGACCUGCCGCUGGAGAGGCGGUUCGGCCGGAAGAGGGCGGCCCGCUGGCGCUCAGGACUUGAGCUUGUGACGGCGAUCUUUCGGCCUCACCUGAGCCGCCUGGGGUGUUUAUGCAGUGUCAGACCCCUGCCAGGUGCUGUUCUGGCUGGAGGGAGAGCAGGGACAGAUGGAGCCUUUCCCCAGCAGUCCCCUUCCGGUGCUGUCCAGAUGCUGCGUCAUCUGUCAGCAGGUGGAAGUCAUGGACAUAGACGCCGAAAGAGAGAAACUAUCGAAGGAGAUCAAGGAACUGGAGAGGAUUUUGGACCCCAGCUCCUCCGGCAUCCCCGUGGACGUCUCUGAAUCGAGUCUCGAGUCAGAUUCUGAUGGAGAGUCGCUUCCUGCCGAGGACUUGGACAUCGCCAGCCCUCCAGUCUUGGCCAAAGAGAGGUGGGAUGGAACCCGCAAUGACGAGGAGGACCCCAAGGAUAAAGCCCUCCCCGAGGACCCCGAGACCUGUCUGCAGCUGAACAUGGUCUACCAGGAGGUCAUCCAGGAGAAGCUGGCUGAGGUCAGCCUGCUGCUGGCCCAGAACCGGGAGCAGCAGGAGGAGAUCCUGUGGGGCCUGUCUGGGUCCCAAGGCCCCAGGGUGAAGGAUGGCAAGGGCCUGCCCCCACACAUGUACAUUGGACACUUCAUGAAGCCAUACUUCAAGGACAAGGUCACUGGAGUGGGGCCUCCUGCCAAUGAAGACACGCGGGAGAAGGCUGCCCAGGGAAUCAAGGCUUUCGAGCAGCUCCUGGUGACCAAGUGGAAGCACUGGGAGAAGGCCUUGCUCCGGAGGUCAGUGGUGAGCGACCGGCUGCAGCGCCUGCUCCAGCCCAAGCUGCUGAAGCUCGAGUACCUGCGCCAGAAGCAGAGCCGGAUCUCCAGUGAGCCGGAGAGGCAGGCCCUUGAGGAGCAGGCCAGGUGUGCGGAGCAGGAGAUCCAGGAUAUCAACCAGCUCCCGGAGGAGGCCCUACUGGGAAACAGGAUGGAUAGCCAUGACUGGGAGAAGAUUUCCAAAGUCAAUUUUGAAGGCGCCCGCAGUGCGGAGGAGAUCCAGAAGUUCUGGCAGAGCUCCGAGCACCCGAGCAUCAACAAGCAGGAGUGGAGCACUGAGGAGGUGGAGCAGCUGAUGGCCAUUGCUGCCGCACACGGCCACCUGCACUGGCAGCUGGUCGCCGAGGAGUUGGGGACUGGCCGCAGCGCCUUCCAGUGCCUGCAAAAGUUCCAGCAGCACAACAAAGCCCUGAAGCGUAGGGAGUGGACAGAGGAGGAGGACCGCAUGCUCACGCAGCUGGUGCAGCAGAUGCGCGUGGGGAGCCACGUCCCUUACCGCAGGAUUGUCUACUACAUGGAGGGGAGAGACUCCAUGCAGCUAAUCUACCGGUGGACCAAGAGCUUGGAUCCCAACCUGAAGAAGGGGCUCUGGGCCCCGGAUGAGGAUGCUAAGCUGCUGCGAGCAGUUGCCAAGUAUGGGGAGCAGGACUGGUUUAAGAUCCGGGAAGAGGUGCCAGGCAGGAGUGAUGCCCAGUGCAGAGAUCGAUAUCUCAGAAGAUUACACGUCAGCCUGAAGAAGGGGCGCUGGAACGCGGAGGAGGAGGAGCAGCUGAUCGAGCUAAUAGAAAAGCACGGUGUUGGUCACUGGGCAAAAAUUGCCUCUGAGCUCCCCCACCGGUCUGGCUCCCAGUGUCUGAGCAAGUGGAAGAUCAUGGCUGGGAAGAAACAGAGGGUGCGGAGGCGGCGGCCACGCCCUAGGGUCCAGUGGAGUUCCAGCAGCAGCAGCGGCGGCGGCAGCAGCAGCAGCGGCAGCGGCAGCGGCAGCAGCGGGGACAGCGAUGGGGGCCCCAGCAGUAGCAGUAGUGAGGACUCUGAGGGGGAGCUGGAGGAGCCCCAGCAGGCAGGCAGCAUGCCACCGUCCCCGCAGUACGUGGUACCCAACAUGGACCUGUGGGUUCCUGCCCGGCAGAGUGCAACCCAGAAGCCUGAGGCCGCCCGCACAGCCCUGGCUCCUAGGGUGGAGAUAAGACAGGCACAGGGGUCCUCCAGGGUCUAUGGCACCCACGCAGCAGACACACAGCUCACAAGCCUGGAGGAGCCAUCCUGUGAGGGUGAACAGCAUCUGCUGAAAGUGCCCCUGGAGACGGUGCGAAGGGUGCUCAGGACAAAUACGACCGCCUGGAGACACAAGCUGAAGGAGAGGCUGAGGCAGCCACCACUGCCUGGCUCACCUCCCGGGCCUGGCCCUGGUGACAGUGAGGCUGGGCCCCACCUGCGGCAGCUAUGGCGUGGAACCUUCCGGAACAGGCACCAACACCACAGACGCAUUCUGCACCGGCGGCUCCUAGAACACAGGCUGCUGUUGGCCAUGACACCCUGGGUGGGCGAUGUCACCCUGCCCUGCACACAGGCUCCCCAGAGGCCCGUGGUGGCGAGGACUCGAGCCGAUGGAGUCAGGACGCAGCUGGAGCAAGUCCGUCUGGCCAGCACCCCGGUGUUCACCCUGUGCCUGCAGCUGCUGCAGAUUGACACUGCUGGCUGCAUGGAGGUUGUUCGGGAGAGGAAGGCCCAGCUGCCCCCGCCUGGCCCCCAGCCACGUCCUCUGCAGGUUCCCUCUGGAGCACCGGCGCCCCCAGGCUGCCAACCUCAACACGUGUCAUCUCAGGAUGCCACAAAGAGCCUGUGCUCAGGGAGCACAGAACUGAAGUCCAGCCAGGCCAAGUCCACCUCAGCCCGAGCACCCGCACCUGCCCCACAGGGCCCCCGGCCCAGGCCCAAGACAGUGUCUCAGCUGCUCCGAGAGAAGCGACUCCAUGAGGCCCCUGCCAGGAAGGCCACCCUGGGCCCUGUGGCUCUCGCCCCCCAGCUGCUGAUCUCACCCGUGGUCCUCCAGCAGCCCCUCCCACCAGCCCGCCAGGGCCCCCCAGCAGCAGGUCCUGUCCGCUCUAGUCCAGGACUCUCUGGGCCGAUGACCCCCACAGCAGCUGGCACAAACGCUUCUGGCUCCCAGCAGGAGGUGGGGGCUUCAGCCAAGGCCCAGUGCCCGCCCACAUUGCAAGCCCUGCAACUUGCCCCGACCCUGGGCUCCGGCCAGGCCCCCACAGGCUGCCCUUCGAGCAGUCUGGGACAGUCGCAGGCCCCCGCCACAAUGCGGAAACAAGGGCUGCCUGAGGCGCCAGCCUUCCUGCCCGCAGCCCCCAGCCCCGCUCUACUGCCCACACAGCCCCUCAGCCUGACCCCCACCCUGGCCACCAGCAUCCCCUUGCCUGUCAGCUGGGUGCUCACAGCCCAGGGGCUGCUUCCAGUGCAGGUGCCAGCUGUGCUGGGCCUACCCACUCAGCGAGAGAUGCUCAACCCCCCCAAGAUGCCAACGCUGCUGCCACCUUCUCCCACCAUGACUCCCGUGCCCCCCCACCAUGACUCCCAGCCCCCAGCAACCGUGGACACAGAGGCAGCCCCCGAGUCCAGGACAGACCCCUCAGGCCCCCCAACAUGCUGCACACCGCUGAGUUCUACAGAAGUAAGUGGUGAAGAGGCGCAGGUGGCCAGGCAGGCGCCAGUGCCCAGGACCUCCAUCCCGGCUGACAGCCCUGACACAGGGGCUUCGAAGCUGCCUGCCUGUGGUGGCCCCAGCCCCAGCAGUGAUCUAGGAGGGACAGAAGUGCCCAGCAGGCCUCUGGGUCUAGAGAGGUCAUCCCUACCUGGGUCUGAGAAGAGGGCUUUGGACCUGGGCCUGCUUUGCCUGGAGAGUGAGGCGGCCACGUGGGAGUGGGUGCGGGGCCGGCAAGGUGUGUGCGUGCCCCCACUGCAGACCAGGCUGCCCUACCAGCCCCCUGCCCUAUGCAGCCUGCGGACCCUGUCCAGCCUCCUGCUCCGCAGGGCGGCCCUGGAGCACAAGGCUGCCUCACUGGUGGCCGACAGGGCAGCUGGGCCUGGAGCCUGGCGGGCCUCUCUAGAGCUGGUGCGGAGGCAGCUACAGGACAAUCCAGCCUACCUCUUGCUGAAGGCCCGGUUCCUGGCGGUCUUCACUCUCCCUGCACUCCUGGCUACCCUGCCCCCCAGUGGUGUCCCCACUACCGUCUCGGCAGCCCCAAGGCCAAGCCCCGAGACCACGGACGAGGACUUCUCAAGCGAGCUGGAGUCUGAGGAUGGGGACAGGCACGAGUGGCUGGGCUGCACGGCCCACGGGACACAGGCUGGGCCAGAGCCUGGGAGCCCCGUGCAGGGAGCCCCAGACUCUGGCAAGGGCUCGGUCUCCUGCCUGGAUGCCUCUGACCUGGAUGUGCUCAGGACGCGGCACGGCCGCCACGUCCGGAAGCGAAGGCGGCAGCUGUGAGCCACAGGGCUCUGCACCCAGCUCCUGCACCUCUUCCUGCAGCCCCAUGGCCUCGGUCCGUGCCACACUGUCCCCUCUGCCCAGCGCUCCUACUGUGAGACCCGUCCCUCCCUCCCUCUGUCCCCAGGUCUCAGCACCUCAGAAACGCCCUCCUGGCCAUUCUCCAAAGGCAGCACCAUUAGCCGGGCUUCUGUUCUGAUGUCCCUCUGAUGGUGUCUGCCACCCACACACGCAGUCUGCACUGCCCCUCUGUGACCACCAACCCACACAGCACUUUGCUGUCACUGGGACCCAGGGCCUGCUUGGCAGGUGCCUGGGGGUCCCUAGUGCAUCCCAGCUGAGACCAGAAGGCGGCAGGUGGUCCUGGAGUGGGCAGAGCCAGGAGAGGUGGCAGAACCCUGAGGGGCGUCGAGGAGGCAGCCAGAAGGACAAGUAUUCCUGGGGUCCAGAAGCCCACUCCCACCGCCAGCAGAGGGAAGGCUUCCCUGGUCUACAGAGAGCACGGCUGGAGGCCAGAAGCUGCUGGCCAGACUGACCUCCGCAUGGUGACCAAGCCUUCACAGCCGAGCCUUAAUGGGAGUCCGUAAUGGAGUUAUCCCGGGCUGCGCACCAUGAGCCCCCACAAAGCCAGGGGUCUCAGGCUGGAACAGACUAAGUGCCGUUUUUUAAUUAAAAGCAAGACACAGGA